AUGCAGCCAGUUCAGCACUCUGCAAUCUGCCAAGUCGGACGUGACGGACUCGAACUUCAGUGCCUAGCAAUGAAUAAACUUGAAGUGUCUGCUCAGGACCCUCGCGAGCACCGGUUGGCGAUGGCAGCUGCAGAGUCAACAUCCAACAUGCCUCUAUCGGCAUCUGCAUUGAUAACACACCCUACAGGUGCAAAGCGACGUGACAGUGCAGAAUUGAUCCACGAGGAUGACGAGCAGUGCCGACAACAGCACGACUAUGGUCACGUGGGCGGCAAUCAAAGGGGGGUCAACGAUUUCUCGGACGACGGCUGCAAGGUCAUGGUCAACUUCAAUGGCUUCGAGCCGGUGCCGGUCGGUAAUCCUUUUGCAUUCCCUCGAUUCAAUGAUGGAGACGAAGACAUUGUGAACGUCCGAUCGCCCAUAAUUUGCAACCCCUCGACUUCAAACGCACGAAGCGCUUCGCUGAGUCCAACGUGCGUGUCGGCAUUAGCACGCGACGAAGUUGUGAAAAGUGAUACUGACUACGACGAACCAUCAUGGACGAUUCAAGAGUUCAAGGAAUACUUAGGCAUGCUCGAAUUGCUGCAGAACGUGAGUUGUGAUGCCGAGGGCGGGGAAAUGUGUCUGUCAGCCAACUGUCUUGGCCAAAUGGAGCGGCUACUCACGUCACUCUUACCUCAAGGAGUGUGA